UUUGUAAUUACAUGGACAAUACAUGAUCUUCUGAUUUUUAAUUUCUGAUCUGUAAUCAUUUUAUUGAUAAACACUGAAGUCAACUUUAACAAUAGUAAUAAUUGACCCUUUAUUUCAAAUAUGAACUUUGCCAGAUCAUGAAAAGGAAUAUAUUUGAACUAGUUUCAAAGUAUAGAUAGAGACACAGGAGGAGAACGGAUCAAGAGUAGACUUUACAAACCAAUUGAUAAUACGGAAAAAAGAGCCAAAGGUUACCUGUAACUUUGGGGAGAAAAGCAAAAAUCAAUAAUAAUCCAUCAGCAAUACAAAUAAUCCUUUCCAAUGUAUAUCGAAUCAUCCGGCGGCGGGGGUUAUGGAAAGAAAUGGAGUAGUCGAAGUCAUACAACAACUGCCUAUUGUACAGAUAACUCGAGUCAUUGGUCUGGUGUUUCCGUGAAGAAUAAAACCCGUAAACCUCUUGUCAAUCAACCCUUAUCAAUAUCAAAUCUAUCUCCAUGCAACCCACUACAACAACGCCAACUUCACCAUCAAGAACCAUCACAGUUACAACAACAACACUUCAACUAUCGAUCAUUGAAUGGCUCAGUGACUCCGAACGAUCAAUAUUAUCCCCUGUUGAAGCAUGCUACAUCAUUGGGUUGUACUGGGAUUAAUAGUGGUCGAGGUGGAGGAGUUGGAGGACAUGAUUGGACAAAUGACUCACAAUCGAAAUCAAUCUCAGAAAUGCAAACAGUUCAAACCUCUCCAGAUUUAUAUAAUUUACCUCAAAUGACUCAUUUGAGCACAGGGAAUCCAAUUAUUACCGCCACUAGUACAGCUGUUAUCACUACUGCUGUAGUUCCUGCUCUUCCUGUAAUCACACAUACUACUGGUCAAGAUAUAAGUAGUGGUAUUAUCGAUAGUAAUAGUACUAGUAAUAAUAAUAACAAUAAUAAUAUGCAUCACAAUAAUGGAUUAUUCUAUCAUCACACUACCAAAGAACCACAAAUUCUAUCCAAGGAAAUAGCACAACGCGUCAGAGACAGAUUCAACCAACGUGUUCUGUUGAAACACAUGGCCAAGUCGAAACAGUAUUCAUAUUCCCACGGUAGAUGGCAGUAUACACCACAGUAUCAUUUACUGGCUGUAUUUCUAGUGAAUAAGGGUAGUGUGGAAGCUUGGUAUGCUUAUGCACCGAUGCCUAACAUUUAUACAAGUCAACAAGAGCCUACAGAGCAUACACGUGUUUUAGAGUUGACACAACGACGUCUUCGACUAUUACAGAGAUAUUAUUCCGAGGGGAGACAAUAUGUUGUUCUCUAUGUAAAUAAUAAUCGAUCGGAGCAUUAUUUACCUAUCGGUUUAGCCAGUGAUCCAAAUCAGAAAGGCAGUUGUAAACAGUAUACGAAUAAGAAUCAUUCACUGUCAACAUGUGAUGAAUUAAUGAAAGAUGGAAAUCGAUUUUUUUGUCGAUUAUUUAAUUCAAUUCUACCGGAUAAUUUAAAAUUAACGAGUAAUGCUUCUAUUACUACUAACAAGGAUAUGAGUAGUAAAAGUAAAAAUACUAAAAACGACGGCGAUGCAACUAAUGAUAAAAAAAUAAGUGAACAAACACGAGAGCAGAAAACAAACUAUCCCUCAGAAGAACAACAAAACAAAGAAACUGAACAGUUAGUUCAGCAAACAGGUAUAACUGUGAGAAAGUCGAAUUUUAUGCAGAAAAUUCUCGGACAUUUAAUCCCCUCCAAUCACAAAAAUAAUGACAAUGAUAAUAACAAUAAUAAUAAUAGUAAUGAUAAAGAGAACUAUACUAAUUGUAUUGAUCAAAAAAUUGAUUUAAAUUGUUAUAAAGCAUGUCUUCCAUAUGAUGGAUGUUUCGUCAAGUCUAGUCCUCAUCAACCUCAGAAUAACCCUACCGGAAAGAUGGACACUCCAAUAUCAGCAAUGACAACAGUAGUUACAACAGGGAUUAGUAUUACAGUGACUCCAACUACAUGUAUGAAUGAUCCGAGUGAGUGUUCAUUGUUACCUCUAUCGAAAGGAGAUGAAAGAUUCAAUAGAAAGCGGUCAAGUAAUAAGAAUCGAAAAUAUGAGGAUAAUGGUGACAAUGAUCAUCCUAAUGAUGAUGGCGGUGAUGAGAAUCAUGUUGAUGAUGAACGGAGGAGUACAGUGGAGACUCAACAGUCAAAUAACAACAAGACGACAUUCUCCACGAAUAAUCAUGACAGGGGAAAGAUUCAACAGACAGAAAAAUUAUCAGAUUCUGAAGAAAUAUGGUUACCAAAGUCGUUUGACCUAUAAGCAUAUCAAUCAAGUGAAAUCACACCAAAACCUAUCAAAUAUCACCAAAAAUUCUGUCAUGAAGCGAAACAAACAAAAUGAGAGACGAGAAUACCAAAAAAAAGAUGAAUCAUCACAUGAAAAUGAAGCCCAUCGUGAACAUGAAAAGGUGAAAUCUACGAUUAAAACAAAAACAACAAACAAAUCAAACGUACAAGAAAAUAAGAACUGUAUUCAGGUCAACCUUUUCUAUUGUUCUUCGUGUUAAUAAAUUAAAUUAUUAUGUCAUUCAGUAUUAGGCAAAAAACACACAUAUAUAUAUACAUUUCAAACCUCACAGAUACAUACAUAUACAUUUGUUACAUACUACUUAUUUGCACAGCUAUUCUAAGUAGUAUUAUUAUUACUACAACUACUACUAUUACUUCUGCUGUUAUUAUUACCCAUUUGAUUGAUAGUACUGGUGAUUAACGGUGUCAUUGCUCAAAACAUUGUGAAUAAAUCUCACCUCUUUCUUUUUUUUAAAGAAAAAUUAUUGACU